ACAAUGCAUAACAAUAUUUUCCAUCUAAAAUCUUCAUUUUCUGAGCUACCAAACACACCCUAACCAACUAACGCACACCUCACGCAACAAGACAAAAUCCCUUGCAUGCUGGACGGCAAGGAGACCCAUAGAAUACGGGUGUUUACAUAUCACGCCUCAACACUUUCUUCCACGUGGCAGAAUCUUAUCCUUUCAAUCUCUCAUCACAUCUAAACACUAUACCAAAUCCAAUCACACGCCGUUCAAAAUCCAUCACGCAAACCACCGCACGCUGUUUUCAUACACAGUGAGAGGAAGUAGGCGAAUUUGUACGGACUCUCCUUUUCUUCUUCUCCUCCUUUCUUCCCAGUGAUGGCGCCAAGAAAGAAGGCUGAAGAGACCAAAACGAAGCCGUCGCCGACGCCUGCGACUCGGAGGUCGGCUCGGAUGACUAGGAGCGCAGCUAAGCGACUUAAUGCGAGGUUGACUGAGUUACCGACCGACGCGAGGAAGAAGAGAAAGCAAGGGAAAGCAGAAGAGAGUAAGAAGAAGGUGAAAAUUGAGACUGAGACUGUAACCGCGACUUCCACGGAGGCUCAGGCGGAGGUCAACACGCUGGAGGAGGAGGAAGAAGACGACGAGGACGAGGACGAGGACGAAGCGAACGAGGAGGAUGCUAAGGAAGAGAGUACUUGUGCUGGUGAUGGAGUCAAUAAGACUAUUGUGAUCGAACAUUGCAAACAGUGCGAUGCAUUCAAGACUAGAGCUAUGCAGGUGAAAGAUGGUUUGUUGAGUGCUUUUCCUGGUACUCGGUGUUGCUUAAUCCUGAGAAGUCUAGAAGGAGAUGCUUUGAAAUACAGGAGGAGGGCGGGGAGACAUUCAUCAGUCUACUGUCUUGAAAAGAGAGAACAAUGGUUACAUGAACGAAAUCUGCAUGCAGUAUCCACUCUUCUGUCACUGAGGGAACAUGAAAAGACCGUUUCCACCUCUGAAGGGACUUGACAUGGAUAAAGUCAUCUCAAAUAUAAUCGACAGGGUCAAAAGCUCAACCAAUGCAUCUGAUUGAAUUUGGUUGGAGUCUAAAGAGUGUUUUUGGGGGGUUUGAUCAAAAGUUAACCUAGUUAAUUUGGUUCAAUGAUCCAAACCUGAGUACUGAUCAUAGCUGUUGAUUUUGCAUUUCCAAAUUUUUCUGUUCUGAUUCUGGUUAGGAGCCUUACAGUCAUUUUGGAUUAUUUCUUACAAGUUCAUAUGACGAGCCAACAUGGAAGAGCGAAUUCAUGUUACUGUAGUUCUUCCAUGUUUUAAUACAGCCAUUGAAUUAGGGAAAGUUGUGAUGCGCUUAUAAAUCUAACCCUUCAUGUUCUUUGUUUCAA